UCAUAUUGGUAGUAUCAGUAUUUGGGUCAAUCCGCCCACCCAUACUGUGAAAAGUGAAUAACCUAUAGAGUGAUUUGCUAGAGAAAGCUAGAGAAAAGCCCAACAGGAAGUGCUGCUGAAAUAAUUGCAUCAAACAGGCAGAGCUGGUCUGGUUUGCAACGCGUGUUUCAACACCAGCGGCUUGUCAUUGUAGAUACGGUAGCUAUCAACCUGCCAUCUUUCUGUCAGUCCGUGCCAGAAUGUCACUCCUCUUGUCUGCCCUUUGCUGGGCUGGCCCCUGUCAAGUCCUGCUAGUCGCCGGUGCUGGACUGGUUGCCAUGGUUACGGUCUGGACGGCCAGGCUGUUGCUUCAACAUGCUUGGUUCACUCACCGACUGUCCUGCUUCAGCAAGCCUCGUGCACACUCUUGGCUGAUAGGUCACCUGGGCCAGAUGCAGAGCACAGAGGAAGGUCUCCUCCAGGUGGAUGAGUUAGUGCAGAUGUACAAACAUUCCUGCAGCUGGUUCCUCGGACCAUUCUACCAUUUGGUCAGACUCUUCCACCCCGACUUUACCAAACCUCUGCUUUUAGCACCCGCCAGCAUCACGCUGAAAGACGAGCUCAUCUACGGUCAUCUCCGUCCUUGGCUUGGCCAGAGUCUGUUACUGAGCAACGGGGAGGCGUGGGCCCGCAGGAGGCGCCUCCUCACCCCAGCGUUUCAUUUUGACAUACUGAGGAACUACGUUGCCACAUUUAACGCUUCAGCAGACACCAUGCACGAAAAGUGGCAGCGUCUGGUGGCGGAGGGGCGCACCACCAUCGAGAUGUUCGACCACGUCACGUUGAUGACUUUGGACAGUUUGCUGAAAUGCGCCUUCAGUUACAGCAGCAACUGUCAGGAGUCCCGCAGUGAGUACGUGUCAGCCAUCGUGGAGUUGAGUGACCUCCUCAUCGAGCGGCGCCAGAACAUUCUGCAUCACUGGGACUGGGUUUACUGGAAGACGCGGCAGGGGAAACGGUUCAAGAAGGCUUUGAACGUUGUGCACAGGUUCACAAGAGAAGUGGUUCAGAGGCGCCAUGCGCUCAUCGACCAGUCUGAGUCCACCUCCACCCCGCAUCGGAAAAGGGAUUUUGUGGACAUCAUCCUGUUAUCCAAGGAUGGAGACGGGCACGGUUUAACAGACGAGGAGAUCGAAGCGGAGGCCAACACCUUCAUGUUUGCAGGUCACGACACCACGGCCAGCGCCAUUUGCUGGACGUUGUACAAUUUAGCACGCCACACACACUUUCAAGACAAAUGCAGGACGGAGGUGCUGGAGCUGAUGUGUGGACGCCAGGGUCGAGGAAUAGAGUGGGAAGAUCUGUCCAACCUUCCUUUCACCACCAUGUGCAUCAGGGAGGCGCUCAGGCUCCACUCGCCGGUGCAGGCCGUAACCAGGACCUACACCCAAGACAUGCCGCUGCCGGGGAACCGGACCGUACCAAAGGGUGCUAUCUGCUUAGUGAGCAUUUACGGGACCCACCACAACCCUGACGUAUGGACAAAUCCACAUGAGUUUGAUCCUCAGCGAUUUGAAGGCAUUCACCACGAGAGCCGCUCUUCUCACGCCUUUAUUCCCUUCUCCUCAGGCCCCAGGAACUGCAUCGGUCAGAAGUUUGCUCUAGCAGAGCUCCGUGUUGUCGUGGCAUUGACCCUGCACAGGUUCCGCCUGAGCCUGGGGGUGAACCCCAAAUCUGGCUCUGAAGAGGUUCGCCGUCUUCCCCAGCUUGUGCUGCGUGCCGAGGGCGGCCUGUGGCUGCAGCUGGAGCCUCUGACCCCGCCCAAGUCAUGAAAAUGCCACUGAUGUCACCUUCAUGAAAGCAAAAUACAUCUCCUAUCACACCUUUUCACAUAUCCAAAAUUGAAAAAAACGAGCCGUCUUGUGUGCAGUCUGACUAAAAUUGAUCUCUAUGAGAAGCCGGCAGCGAGUCAGCAGCUCAGGGACCAUCUAUAAAUGUUUUCCUCUUCUUCUUUGGUAUUAUUGCACUAAUUCAAUGUUGCCCACUCCUCAGUAAAAGACGUAGCUAAUGGCUGUACAAGAAAUCGCUGGAUCACGUAAUUGGUUAUUUUUCCAUUUUGGUAAUUUUUUAUUGUGCUUCAUAAUUAUUUUGGAGAUUACUUAUCAUAAUAAUCAUGAAUAAAUCCAAUUCUGUAACAUGUACAGUAUGUUCAAGUAUGUUUGAUGUGAUUGUUUGGGUACAAGACACUCAAAGAAUUGGCCAAAAAGGGUGAAACAAAUGUACUCUAAU